AGCACUAGUGCUUUCGACAUCUUGCGUCUACUCUGAUCUCACGGGAAACUCCUCGCCGACAUGGGUCCCUCACGAAAAGCUGGCGUAUCCGACCCGUCUUCCUCAAAACCGUCGACGAGUACACCGCAGAAGAACAACUCCAAACGGCCCCAGCACAAGAAACACCCCGCUCCCCCGGAGGCCUCCAACGCGCUCCCAGGCGUCCAAAAGAUCAAGGCGGCACUCCGCCAAACACGCCGUCUCCUCGCGAAGGACAACCUCGCGGCAGACAAACGCGUCGCGACCGAGCGGCGCCUGAAGUCGCUCGAGGGCGACCUCGAGAAGGCCGAGCAGGGGCGGCUUGAGCGCGCCAUGGCCACGCGAUACCACAAGAUCAAGUUCUUCGAGCGGCAGAAGGUGUCGCGCAAGGUGCAGCAGACGAAGCGCAAGCUCGCUGCGGCGACGGAGAAGGGCGAGCGCAAGGAGUGGGAGGCGCGGCUCGCGGAGCUGCGCGUGGACCUCAGCUACAUCGUGUACUAUCCGAAGACGAAGAAGUACAUCUCGCUGUUCCCCCCGGAGGUGCGGAACGCGAAGGAGGGGCAGAGUGCAGCGGACGCUGCGAGGGAGGCGAAGGAGAAGUCGGAAACGGAUAGGCAGAGGGAGGAGAUCCGGGCGUGGAUGCGAGAGCAGAUGGACUCUGGUGCGUUGAGCUCGGAGCCGGAAGUCGAGUUGGAAAAGUCGGAGAAGAGGUCCGGGAGCGCAUCCAAGGUCGCGCCUACCAUGGAGGUACAAGAGACCAAGAAGUCAAAAGUGAAGAACGACCAAAAAGGUGUUUCGACUGCGAAGGGCGCGAAAGCAAGUGGUGUCGCAAACGACGAUUUCUUCGGCGCCGACGGCGGUGAAGACGAAGGUUCGAGUAGUGGCGGCGGUGAAUCUGACGGAGAUAUCGAUAUGGAUGAGGACUAG